GUAAACCCUUGCAUCGCUGGAAGAUCGAAGUGAGCAACACUGAAACAGAACUGACUUUAAAAUGAACAGCAGAGGAGAGGGGAUAUUAGCCGUUCAAGAAGAACGAGCAAGGAUUGGAGGAGUUGAAGUGGCAAGAAAGACGGUGAUAGCUGCCACGGAUGAAGGAGUUGUGGCUGUUCAAGUGAAUACUGUGGAGCAAGUGGGCGGCCACCGUCCCGCAUUACAAGGUGGGCGCCCUAUGCUAGCAGGCGGUCCUCGGUAUCCAAUCCCAAACCCAGCAGUGAGCUACGAAGAGGAGAGAGGCUGUACAGAUUACUGUUGCUUGGCAUGUGACAGUGAAUAUAAAUGGUACAAUUUGAGAGGAAAAGGCUGUUUCUGGCUUAUUGUCCUUUUGCUUUUUUAUUUGGUCGUGGGUACCAUACUGCUGCCGUUUUUGAUCAUCUACUUGUUGUGCCUUUGCAUAUGUUAUCCCCUUGGCUGUUGUAAAGAUGAUAACGACGUAGACAGACCCAUUUUUAGAUCAUAAAGUGGAACAAUUGGUCUUCACUUGACUGGGAAGCAUUAUGAACCAUAAGCUAAUGUCUGUGUUUUUGUAGUGUUUGUUCUUAUUGGAUAAAUACCUUAGCUAUUACAAAAUCUUUAUUCUAUUGGUUACCACACCCUUAUCCGCAGUCACGUGAUUAUCCAUGUAUCUAUCAUAGUAUAUUAAUUACGUUCAUCGUUAUUCUAUUAAAGCAGUUGUGUAAAGCACUUGGUCUGUGCACGCGUUACUCUAUAGUAGUAUAUAACGAACCCUAAUACACAACAGAUUUAUUUGGCCGCAGCAUGAAAAGUCAAACACUUUCUAAAUCUCAGUGGGUUUGAUCAGGGACCACACUCACCGAGAAAAGUGACCUAGCAAAGAGAAGAUAUUCCUGAUAGUUUUGGCCCUGUUGACGAAAAAUUUAUGCCAACCAGGUCAUUGGUGACCUCACCUCCUUUAAGAUUUUACAUUAGCAUUUGGUUCAGUGAUCUCAGUUGACUUUGUUUAGAACAAUGUCAAAAAUAUGUCUCUUAAAGUGUUUUCAUAGAGAUAGCUGGGCUGAAAACUUGGGAGUAAUGAUCAUUGUAAUUUGCUUUUACUUUGAAUUCACGAAAACAUUGCACUAUGACACCCCAGAUUAUAAUUAAUUUUCGUUGACGUUGAGUUGUAGUUGAUCAGAAUAUUCAUUGACUAUUCAUUUGAAAUAAUGUACA